AUGGAUAAAGGGAUUCAAUUGAUUACUAUUGGUGCGAUAUUUACAACUAUUUCAAAUUAUUGUAUGCGACGAAGUAUCGACGAAGGUGAAUCAAACAAAGCAUUCCUUGUAAUACAAUUAAUGUUGGUAUUUCCUGUGGCGAUACUAUUGAAUCCAGUUAGGACAAAAGAUUACAAAUUCAGUCAUCGGAUGGCGGUAUUCGCAAUAAUAACAGGGACCAUUUUCGCUUUUAUGCAAGCAAGCCUAGGGAAAGCAUUGGAAUAUGGACCAGCUGGGCUUACAUUUGCCGUAGUGAGUUCAGCGGCAGUCAUGCCAAUGAUUGUAAUGGUUUCAAUAUUCGGACGUCCAUUCGGUUUUAAUUAUACGAUCUGUAAUGGAAUUGGAUCGGUGUUGGUGAUGUUGGGUCUUUUCUGGGAAGCAAAGACUGAGGUUAAUUCCGUCACAUAUGAUUAUAAUGCCAUAUGCUGGCUCAUCUUUGUAACCCUUGCAUUUAUAUUACAAGUUUCUGUGUUGGUUCUGAUGCAAUGGCGUGCACUGUUCAUUCAAUUUCCAUUCUACCGUGAACAAUUGUAUCUACCAUUCGAUGCUGAAUCCGCGAAAUCACAAUGGUUCAUGCCCAUAAUGUUCGGUACUGCCGCAUUAAUUAAUCUAUGGAUAUUCAUCUAUACACGAAACGAUCACCCGACUAUCUGUGAAUUUUUAUAUGGCGCGUUUGGUGGGCUAUCUAAUAGUCUAGGAAGCUUUUUCAUGAUAUUGGCCACGGAAAUCGCUACACCGUUGGAACAUGCUAUGCUGUUUCCUAUUUCCUCGGUUGAGGUGAUGAUCAUGUGUAAUGUAUGGGGUCAGUUGCUUUAUGGCGAGCAAGUCAAUUGGUUGGCGAACGCGUGUUGUGUGUUGGGUGUUUUGAUUGGAAGUUUUCAUUACGAAAUAUUACGAGGGUUUUGUUGA